CGCGUUUUGGGUAAUGUGUGUUGCCCUAAUCGUAUGCUUGCUCGCUCGCAACAACAAGAAUUGGUUCUCUUAUCCAUCUUGUAAGUAAGUGAAUAAACCAUUCUCUUCUCCAUUAAUUUAUAUAUCAACCCAACCCAACCCAACCAUGUCUUCACCCUCUGCGCCUCCUCCUUCAUUGUCUUCGUCUUCAAGCAUCUCAAUUCUUCUUCAUUUCAAUCGGUUAAAUUAUGGAUCCCAUGGAUAUCGUUGGCAAAUCGAAGGAAGAUGCUUCGCUUCCUAAAGCAACGAUGACAAAAAUAAUUAAGGAGAUGUUACCGCAAGAUGUUCGUGUGGCGAGAGACACCCAGGAUUUAUUGAUCGAGUGCUGUGUAGAGUUUAUAAAUCUCAUCUCAUCGGAGUCCAAUGAAGUAUGUAGCAGAGAGGACAAAAGGACUAUUGCGCCUGAGCACGUAUUGAAGGCUCUACAGGUGCUUGGAUUUGGUGAGUACAUUGAAGAAGUUUAUGCAGCAUACGAACAACACAAGCUGGAGACCAUGCAAGAUACUUUAAAAGCUGGUAAAUGGAGCAAUGGAGCUGAGAUGACUGAGGAACAAGCAUUAGCAGAACAACAAAGGAUGUUUGCAGAGGCCCGCGCUAGGAUGAAUGGUGGGGCCAUUGCUCCUAAACAGCCAGAUGGUGACCAAAAUAAGAUUAGCUAGGAAGGACCUCUGCUAUAUUGGAGCACAUAGGAGGAGCACCUCUGACUCCUGUUCGUGCUUCCUGUGAGCUCGAUUGUGUACAAAAAUUAUUCACUAGUUUGCUGGCCAAUGUGGAUGUGCUCUCUCCAUUUGUAUUUUAUCGAUGAAUUAGUGAGAGUUCAUGAAGACCCUCUUCUGUUUAGAAUGACAUGUAAUUAUUUUAUUUGCUUUUUGGAUCUUCUACACACUAACAGCUUCUUGCACGAGCCUGACAGCUAUUUCGAUUGUAACAAAUAAUUCACUACCAAAAAAAAAGAUUGUAACAAAUGAUUAAACACCAUUGUGUUCCGUUUAUUUCUGUUACAUUCAUCAA